AUGUCAAUGUCAUUCGAUUCAAAUUAUCUACCAAAUAGUUCCAGUCAAAGUUCCUCGCAUAGUUCGUUGAAAAAACCGCAAUCAGUGAUUGCAUUACAAAAGAUACCACAAAAAAUGAACUCAUUUAAAUCAUCAGAUAUAUUUGAUGAUCAAAAGAAAAAUAAAAGUUAUUCAUCAAUAGCAAGCAGUUUAUCAUUACAAAGUAAAACUAGCAAUCAGAAUAGCAAAAAAACCACUCGAAGGCCACGUUCAACCGAUAUUGUCAAAUCACCACAAAUAGCCAGUAGUGGUAGUAGUGGUAGAAAAAAUGAUCGUAUGAUACCAACAAUGCGACAUUCUUCAAAUAUUUUAACAACUAAAUCACCUUCCUUAUCAUCGAAUUCACAGUCAAUCAUAUUAUUUUGUAUGGAAAAUGCACGAUCAGAUAUAGCAUUAAGAAUUGUUCAACGUAUGGCACAUAAACGUGAUGAUUUUGCGCAAUUUUAUGGAAAUUUAAGCAAUGAACAAUCGAAUGAAUUAAUUAUGGGUUUAAAGAAAUUUCUCAAUGAUAUCGUACAAAAUAUUACAAAUUCAGAAAAGGUUAUCAAAUGA